UAACUCAACUUAUGAAAAUACUAGAGUACUUCCGAAAGUCGUCUGCUCAAACGAAAUCGAAAUGGGAAAAUUUGCCAGAAAAGUUCAAGAAAAGUCAGACAAAUACAUUCCAAUCGUUUUGAAUAGUUUGACUAUAAUAUUUUGCAUGUGUACCUUCAUACCUAUAGGAUCCGUUAAAAACUAUUUUCAUGGAGAAUGUGUGCUUUAUGCCCAACCGGUUCUGACUGCUGUAACACGACCAAAUAAUUUGACUACAAUAACAGUUGACUUGAAGUCAUCAGUUUGGGGCGAACUAAGCACCUGUUACUAUGUUACAUACACGCCUGUUGUGGUCGGAAUCUACACCUUUAUCUGGCUGUGGUUCCAUAUUCAGUUGAGAAUGUCGAUAUUUGAUGAAGGAAAUGUGCUCGCAGCAUUUAUAAUUGGAGGAGUAACAAACAUCAUACUAUUUAUUACCCUUUUUGUAACAAGCUGUAUUGUAGUGGUUGGCACGUCACAAUUUUGCAGUAACAUUGAAACAGCGCUAAAUCACAGAUAUGACUGUUCAGAAGUUGAAGAUUUGGUUUGGUCAGUUUAUACAGAUGGAAGAACACAUUCCUUCUAUAGAUAUCUACAGUUAGGACAGGCUGGCAGUUGGAUAACUCUGGCAAUAUUGGCUGUCCAUAUUGUUUUCCAUUUCAAGAAAGGAAUGCAAUUAUUGCCAAGUAGAAAUGACAAUAGAAGUGAGACUGAGAGUAUUAUCUCUGAUGAUGAAUGUGAUGCUGCUUAUAAAAAUCACGAUAUUAACGAUGAAACAGGCUCAGUCCUAUUUCACCACACGAGUAGCAAGAAUAAAAGCUUUAAGAGAAGUGAUGAGUCAUUCCUUCUACCUCUUUGAUAAUGUUUAUCAACUUGCAUGUAUUAUAUAAGAAUGUGAUAAUUGCAUAAAAAGUAUUUAUUAUUUUUAACUUGUAUCUACAAAUUAAGAGCUGAUUUAUUGUGUACAAAUACUGUUAUGCUUUGUUUCCAUGCCCAAUGGAUUCACAUCAUUACAAAAAACUCUGGAUUUGUUAGAUUUAUUAAGUCCCCUUGAAGUCAAGUUUACAUAAAAAAUAGAGUUCCUGGUUCAUCACUGCAAUAUGGUCUGUAAACUAAGAAACUUUACAUUCAUUAGAUAUAUUGUAGAAGAAUAUAUCCUUUAUUUAUGAAUAUGAAUACAAUGCUGCAUUAGAAAAUUCUGAGAUAGUUUUAUUAACUAUUUUUUUCAAGGUUUAAGUACUUAGUUGAUUACUUCCCCCUGUUACUUUAAUUUUACAAAAGUAAACUGCUUGA